AUGCCAUAUUUAAAGCAAAUCGACAGAUCUGCAACAGGGGCAUUCUGUCCCCAUGCUCCGUAUCUGGCGGCAGGGACAGUCGCAGGCGCUAUUGACAUUAGUUUCUCAACUUCUUCCGUCCUUGAGAUUUUCCCGUUAGACUUUUCAAGCACCUCUGAUUAUCUUUCGCCAUGCGGAAGCAUUGCGGCACCAGAGCGUUUCAACAGGUUUGCCUGGGGCCAGCACCUGCCGGAUCAGUCCUUUCAGAAGCACACUGGAGCAGUGAAAGGACUUGAAUUCAACGGUUUCAGCCCAAAUCUUCUCGCGUCGGGGGCAGCGGAUAGCGACUUGUGCAUUUGGGACCUGACAAAGCCUUCAACUCCCUCCCUUUACCCAGCCUUGAAGGGAGGUGCUGGGGCCCCCGGGUCAGCGGUCGGAGGUGAGAUCACGUACCUGGCCUGGAACAGAAAGGUCCAGCAUAUCCUGGCUUCGUGCAGCACCAAUGGCACGACCGUGGUUUGGGACCUGAAGCGUCAGAAGCCGGUUAUCAGCUUUCGGGACACGAACAGCCAACGCCGUGCUUCCGCCAUUCAGUGGAACCCGGAUAUUGCGACUCAGCUUAUCGUGGCGUCGGACGAUGAUCGCUCACCCACGUUGCAGAUGUGGGAUCUGCGAAACAGUGUCUCCCCGCUUAAGGAGUUCGUGGGGCACCACAAAGGGGUGCUUGCUUUGGCUUGGUCGCCGCAUGAUUCGUCCUUGCUGUUGAGUAGCGGAAAGGAUAACCGGACCAUUUGCUGGGAUGUCCAAAGCGGAGACAUUGUGUGUGAGCUCAGCAGCGCAAACUGGAAUUUUGAUGUCCAGUGGAGCCCUACGGUACCUGGCAUCUUUGCGACGUCGUCAUUCGACGGCAAGCUGGGUGUGUGCAACUUGCACACAUGUACUGGUUCAAAGGUGACGGAGACGGUGAAUGCGGACUUCACAGUUACCCAGUCCAUCGUAGGCGAUGCCAAGCCGCUUACAAAAGCUCCUGCUUGGAUGCGUCGACCCGUUGGCGCAACAUUCGGCUUCGGUGGUCGCCUCGUCUCUUUUACGAACAAUCGUUCGCAGCAGACUGACCCAGCGACAGGCGCCGUGCGGCUGCAGGACACCGGUAUUGUGGCCGUGAAGCAAGUUGUGACAGAACAGGAUCUUGUGUCGAGGUCCGAGGGUUUUGAGGCGGCCAUCCAAGGCGGCAACCUGCAAACGCUGCGCGAGUACUGCUGCACAAAGCGUGCUGUGCUUUCGUCUGCAGACAUUCAGUCGGCCGAGGCAAAGCAGGAGGUGGAGACUUGGGCGUUUCUGUCUGUCCUCUUUGAGGGGGAUGAUGCGCGCCGCGUGCUGCUGCAAACCUUGGGUUUUAAGGACUUACCAACCCGCGAGGGCAGCCUGGCGAGCGCGCCUACGGAAAACGGUGUAGAUGCUGCCGCGGCAGGGGUUCAGCAGUUGAGCCUUCAAGGCGCCGACGGCGUGUCAUGCUUGGAUGUACCCGGUGCGAACACGGGUGUUGCACUGGCCGCAAAAAGUCCCCACGAGCUCCUGGGCCAAGACGACCCCUCGUUCUUCGAUAAGCUUGAGGACAGUGGUGACGUGCUGGGUGGGCCAGUCGUAACAGCCGACAGCGCGGCUGCAGCCUCGCCCGAUCUUGGCACCCUCAAGCUGCUGGGCACAGGUGCCAUUGAUGCAAUGGCGCGCGACGCCAGAGAGCAAUUCCAUGGUAGGUGUACCUAUUUUGGAGCCCUAUCAGAAAUGGGUAUGCCUGCCAUGAAAUCGCUCUCCAGCUUCACGCGCCAUUGCAUCAAUUGCACCUGCACUCAGCGGUUUGUGGUGCCAAGAUCGGGCGAGGCUGCAGCCGCGCUGUCGGCUAUUACGGCUGGCCCACCCAGCACGUCGCCGCUGUCCUCAAGCUUAUCGAAAAACGAAGGGUUGUCUUGGCCCAGGAGCUCGUGGGGACUUCUUGCGGCCAGUGCAACACCCGUGUUCGCACCGGGCAAGGCAGGCGGUGACGGGCAUGGACAUGUGCCAGACCACGUUCCUGGUGGUGAACUGGAGGCGGAAAUUGUUAAAGCGCUGACUGUUGGUUGUUAUGCCACGGCCGUUGAACACUGCUUGGCAGUACACCGGUACGCUGAUGCCCUCCUCAUCGCAAACACAGCAGGGCGCGACUUGUACCAGCGGACAAUGCACAGUUACAUGCAGAAAUGCCCUCAUCCUUACCAGGCAAUUAUUCGCGCCAACUUGGAGGGUGACUACAACGCCUUGAUCCGGACGCGGCCUGUUGCACAGUGGAGGGAGACGCUGGCCAUGCUGGUAACGUACACUGAUCGCGACAAGUUCCGUGGCCUGGCAGACACCCUGGCCAGCCGGCUGGCACAGGCCGGUAUGCACCAUGAAGCUUCGCUUUGCUGGGUUUGUGGCGGCCAUACAGAUCAAGCUGUGUCUUACUGGGCACGUAAUUGCACGGGCGGCUCGACGAUGAAGGUGGAAGUGCUGCAGAACGUGAUUGAGAAGGCAGUCGUGAUGGGCAUGGCGCCGGGUGUUUCGUCAACUUCUUUCCCGGAUGGCGUCAACAAGGCGUCCCAGAGCCUCUCCGAGCUUGUAACAGCAUAUGCGUCACUACUUGCGUCCAAUGGCCGCAUGGCGACGGCUCUGGACUAUCUGGAGCAUGUGCCAGGAGAGGCCUCUACGACAGUUGCGGUACUGAAAGACCGCAUUUAUCGCAGUGGUGUCGCGGAACUUCCGCAUGGCGUCCAUCCGCCACCAUUCCCAUUUGUCCGCGAAGAAGUGGUUCCCGCAGCGCAGCCGGCGCCACAACAGGCGGCGCAAUCUGGGAAUGCGUACAGCGCGUACGGGGCGAGUUACAGUGCUACGACUGCGGCUGCUCCUGCUACCAGCCAGUACGGUGCGUAUGGCCAACAGGGACAGCAGCAGGUGCAGCCGCAGACCUUCAACACGAGCCAGACUGCGUAUUCCAAGCCACAGCAGACGUACAACGUCAACGCGUACGGCCAGGCGCAGGCCACUCAAUACGCGUCAGCAGCACCUGCACAGCAAUAUAACACUGCGCCUGCCCCGCAAGCUGGCCCUGCAUCGCAAUACGGGCAGCAGCAGGCGACGAAUCCAUAUGCGUCGCAGACAGCAGCCCAGACACAGGCGUCCGGGUAUGGACAGUAUGGGCAGUACCAGCAGACGCAACAGCAACCAUCUACAUACACAUCCGCUAGUUCUACUCUGCAGCCAUCGCAGCAAGCAACUUACGCCAGUGCAAACUCUGCUUCGGCGUACCAGCAGCAGCGACCCACACAAGCUGUUGCACCAGCACCCUUCACACCCACGUCCGUCGUACCGCCAGUAGUGCCUCAGGCGCAGCAGUCAGUGCCACCACCGCAGGUGCCUGCCAUGUCAACAUCAACUCCAUAUACAACUGCGGUGGCGCCGUCGGCUUUCGUGCCGACUCCUGCCCAGCAGGCAAUGCCCCCUGGUCACACGACUGCGGCAGUGGCGCCGCAACCUAGCUUCUUCGUGCCCAGGCCACCAGCCAACAUCUCUGUCGCCACGGCGGAUACCAGCGCUGUUCCUGCGGACUUGCGCCCUGUCGUCAUUUCGCUCACAAAUCUUUACAAUGCCUGCAUCCCGCUUGCGAAUAAUCCAGCCAAGAAGCGGGAGAUGGACGACAACACGAAAAAGAUUGGACAGCUCUUCUGGAAGCUAAACUCCGGCGAAGUCAGUGCAAGCGUAGUGCCGAAACUGCAACAACUGUGUGCGGCCAUCGAUGCGGGAGACUGGCACACCGCAAACCACAUCCAGGUUCAGAUGACCACCACGGACUGGGAUGAGUGUGGCUUCUGGCUCAGCGCUGUCAAGCGCAUGAUUAAGCUUCGCCAGACGUCAUAG